CUAUAUCCCAACUCCAAAAGUCGAUGCCGAGAAUUCUACCAAGUUAAGUGAUGACAUCAAUAUUAGUGGAACUAACAACAAUGUAUUCCAAGGAAUAUUGGAUGUGGCUCCAUACUUUGUAUAG